GUUUAUAAGUAUGUAGUCCUCAGCGGCUAGCCUAAUUUUGCUAAUUAAAGCUUUAUUAAGUUAUUAUGUCUGCCUAAAUUGAUUAUCACAACAAUUUAAUUAGCAAAAUUAUAUUCUGAUAAAUGUGAGUACUGGUAUUCAUCGUCAUGGAAAAUUUUCUGAAACCGGAACGUUUCGACUUCGACCCCACGUGUGCUAACGCUGAAAAUAAGUGGCUACAUUGGAAGAAAACUUUCGAAAACUUUUUGUCAAAGGUGCCUAAUCUUGCUGAAGAUAAUAAACUCCCACUCCUAAUUAAUUAUGUAUCAGCAAAUGUUUUCCAGUCAAUAAGUGAAGCCACCAGCUACUCGGCCGCUAUCUCUGUUUUGGAUGCACUCUACGUAGUAAAGAGGAAUGAAAUUUUCGCUCGUCAUUGCUUGGCCUCAAGAAACCAACUAUCUAAUGAAACUGUUAACGAAUUUCUUCAAGUUUUAAAGCAACUAAGUAAAAACUGUAACUUCACACAAGUCUCGGCUGAAACUUAUAAAAAUGAGUAUAUACGUGAUGCUUUCAUUAGAGGGUUGCGGAAUACCCGCAUUAGAGAGCGUCUGCUCGAAAAUACAACAAUCACUUUAGACAAUGCAGUCAACCAAGCCCGUGCUCUUGAACUGGCUGAAGCUCAUUCUGCUUCAUAUCUCACUAACUCACAACCUAUGCCUUCUGCUGCACUAGACUGUACUGAUGAUGCUUUUGAAAAAGAAACCCUUGCAGCAAUUCCUCGUGGAUCAUGUUUUUUCUGUGGUAAUAGUGAUAAUCAUAUACGAAGUAACUGUCCGGCUAGAAACAGUGUUUGUCAUUCGUGUGGAAAAAAAGGUCACUAUCAACGUGUGUGUAGAGCGAAAACUCGGCAUAAAAUAAAUACUACUGCCUCUGCUCAUCUAAUUGCUUCUGUGUCGCCAGCCCCUGGUUGUCUCCAAAAAUCCCUCACAUUUGUUACAGUAAAUAGUGUAAAAUUGGUUGCUCUAAUAGACACUGGGAGUUCACUCAGUUUCUUAAACUAUAAACAUGUUGAGAAAUGCAAUCUUCAACUGAAGUCAUACUCUGGAACUAUCACUAUGGCCAACUCUGCUGUUACCUCAAGUGUGGUUGGGCGUGCAACUGUAACUCUUGACCUUCUAGAUCACAAGUAUGAACAGAUUGAAGUACUGGUUAUGAAGAAUUUAUGUGCUGACUUUCUGAUUGGUCAUGACAUUCUUAAACUCCAUUCCUCCUUAGUCAUCAAUUUUGACGGCAGCAAGUCGCCCCUCCAAAUUUGCUCAUUAGCUGUUGCUAAAAUUCAACCUGUAUCAUUGUUUUCUAACCUGACGCCUGAUUGCAAACCAGUGCAAACUAAGUCAAGACGUCUCCCUCUAGAAGAUCAAGGGUUUAUUACCUCAGAGAUACAAAAACUCAUUGAAGAAGAGGUCAUCGAGCCCAGCAACUCUCCUUGGAGAGCACAAGCUUUUGUGGUGAAAGGUGAAAACAAAAAAUCUAGGAUGGUCAUCGAUUACUCUCAAACAAUCAACAGAUUUACAAUGUUAGAUGCUUAUCCUCUACCUAAAAUUGAGGAACUCAUAUCUAAGGUUGCUACCUACCAAGUGUUUAGUAAAAUAGACUUAAGAAAUGCAUAUCAUCAGCUCCCGAUUUUGGAUUCUGAAAAACACAUGACUGCUUUUGAGGCAGACGGAAAGCUUUUUCAGUUUAAACGUGUCCCUUUUGGAGUUACCAAUGGUGUGGCAUGCUUUCAAAGAACAAUUGAUAAAAUUGUACAAGAAGAAGGUCUUACAGAUACCUACCCUUACUUAGAUGAUGUGACUGUUUGUGGUACAAACCAACAGGAACAUGAUGAAAAUCUUGCAAGGUUCAAAUCUGCUGCAAUCAAGUUUAAUCUUACACUAAAUGAAGAAAAAUGUAACUACUCUUCUCAAUCUAUAUCCCUACUUGGUUACAUAAUUGAGAAUAAAAAUAUUAAACCUGAUCCAGAACGUCUGAAGCCACUCUUAAGUCUACCUGUCCCUAAAGAUACUGCUUCAUUGCAACGUGCUCUGGGAAUGUUCGCCCAUCAUGGAAGGUGGAUCCCU